GAGCACUUGGUGACACGAGUGGGAAAAGCACGAAAACGUUCUCCUCUUUGUCACGCACGUCCAGUUGUUGGUGUAUUGGUGAGAAGCUUCGAUCGCUGUCAUAUUUACUCUCUGGAAAUGCGUCAUUCAUGUUCUGAUAGAAAGGGUAUCAUGCAACGUAGCAAGUCCAGAAUGACAUUUUUUGAAGCAUUUCUUCCUGUGCGUGUACAAUUCUUGAUUUUCAACGACUUUGUUUUGCAAAUGGGAGCUGAAUUGGUUCAAAAACUUCAAGGGUUGCUAAGUGCAACGCGGCUUAACCCAUCCCACCGAGUGCCAAGAAUGUGCCAUUUCCCACUUGACAGUCAACUGCAACCUGCAUCACUACUCGCUAAGCUUUCCGGAUUUCCGGCGCGGAAUGUCGGUAGAUAAUCUCGGCUCAAAGAUCACGCAGCAGAUAGUGGAAAUCCCAGUGUUUCGCUCGAUGCUCUACGAUGCGCGCGUUAUCACGAGCAAUUCAUUCAGCAAUUAGGUCCAUCUAUGUCCAGCUACUGGCCGGGAGCACGCCCCUUCCGCGUGAAGUGAUAGAGAAGCUGUACGGUGGAUUGUUCACGGUGGUGAAACGUCGCGAUGACGUCACCAAGUCACGUAUUCGUGACGUCACGGCAGGUGUUCACGGGAUUCAUUCGAGUCUGAUAAAGAAUCACCAUAAUAGAAGGAGUGAGCUUAUCAGUGGCGCGCCGCCGUCUUUUUUUAUCGUUGAGAGAUAAUCAGCUAUAGUGUGGCGCUUUGAAGGCGUGAUUUACUAAACGGUCAUGAUGAGCUGGUCGUUUACUAUACCAGUACUGCGAUCAUGAUCAUCGUCACUAUAGUGAUGAUAAGCGAUCUUCGGUCAGUGACAUGGCGCCAAUCUGCACACUCUCACAAGUUGAUUCGAAAUAGUAAACAGCUAUCACAAGUCAAGGAGAAGUGUGCCAGGUCAAUAGUAGGACUCAAUAACAGCUUUAUACAUUUUUUCGAAAAAUAACUCCUUCGUUGGUAACAAAGCGUUCGCCAAAAAUUACCAUCGAGUGGAAAUUUACCAAAAUUCUUCCAAACCCCCUCGUGUGAUGAUGAUGCAAUUGAUGGUGAUAAUAAAGGGCAAUCAAAUUUACGACCCAUAUUAGUGAAAACAGGUCCCACGGAAAGAAGAAUCUCGCACUUGGCUACAGAGAGCAAACGGUUACUGAAAGCUGUCGCAAAGUGUGUCAAGUUUACGUCUUCCUUAUCGGUGCCCCGUUGCACAGCCCCAGGACAUCGGGAGAUCAUGUUUUGCCGCCACGUGGUCAACAACACGUGCCUGAAUGGGAACAAGGAAAGUGCAUGACUUUCUCAUCGCACUGCGGAAUUUCAUCAUCGCGUCUGUCCAAGAUCCGCUUCGGCGAUCAUGAGAUUCACUCGUGGGAAUCAGAAUCCACCUCCGCACAAGGGUAAAGUCCGCUCGUGUCGUUCAGUCGGGUCAUAUGAUUGUGACGUCCGCGGGGAGUCAACAGCUGGUCCGCUAUCUCCGACGGGAAAGAUUUUUAUGACCGUGCCAAAAUGCUUCAAUAGACACAAUAGAUAAUCUAGCCCAUAUCGUCGACUUUCGGUCAAGUACUUAAUAACCGGUAGAAUUGCUUGAUUGUGCCGCCACCGUCCAGCGAAUGCCAGCUGGGGCUUGUGCCAGAAUUUUGUUAUUUGUUUUCAUGCCGUUGAAACCCUCCUCAAACAGCUGUUUGACUAUAAGCGCUUGCGGUAAGCCCCAACCGGCCUCCUGCCGUCCACUGAGACUGGCGAUCCUGACGGUUUGUCUACUGGCGGUGCUGAGUCAGGUCUCGGCCAGACCUUCGGACGUUACCAAGCCAGAGGAGGUGAUCAGCAGUACUAGCAGUAGCAGUAGCAGUCCAGCAUCCACCGUUCUCAGUCACAAUCUGAAGCGUCGAUCGGCGGAAGAGGAUUACGACGACGAGGUGGAUUACGAGCGCGUUAAGCGUUGUCAUGAAGACGAGGACGUCAACGAACUGUGCCAGCGCUGCUCGAAGGUGACAAAGUCGUCGAUCGUGUUCCCCAUGUGCUGUAGUAACGAGGACGAGACGAUGGAUUGGUGCAAAGCUUACGUCUACUAUGGGAUACAAAACUGACAAUUCUCAGUCCCCGAGCACACUACUUGCUAAGCUAGCUUAAAUAGCCAAUAGUAUUUAUUAUUGUGUCAGCGUCCUUCCAUUCGUCAAAUCAUCCACACCUGUUUGUAUUUCCAUCUAGAAGAAGAAGUAAUUUAUUUCGCCGUAUCUACUUAAACAUUAAAGAUUUGAGAUAAAAGACUGUGAUAGACUAGCCAGCAGGCUCGUAGGCCGAACCGAACAAUCAUAAAGACUAGAAAGAAAAUCAUGUCUAAUAGUGAAAGACAAUCGAAUAGAGAAUUUUAGUAGGCAGCUUCCAAAUGGGCCCUCGGUUCUAGUGUAGCGCAGCAAUGCAUCUCAACGUUCCUGCAUUGGAACAUCUCUCAGCUAAGAUACCACCAGGUAAAAGAAUAUAAAAGUUUAAAGCAAAUGUUCAAAUAUAUAAUCAAUAUUGCAAUUCAAA